GAACUGGGAGUAUUUAUACUACCUCCCCUUCGUCCUAAGCCCGGACAUUGGCAGUAUUUCACUAUUUCCUGAAAUAAAAUGGCACAGAAAGGAGGGGAAGUGGUCUGUGUUACCGGCGGCAGCGGCGGCAUUGGCUCCUGGCUGGUCCGCCUCCUCCUCGACCGUGGCUACGUUGUCCAUGCCACCGUCAAAGAUCUCAAGGAUGAGAAGGAGACGAAGCAUUUAGAAGCAAUGGAAGGAGCCGAUUCGCGCCUCCAUCUCUUCCAGAUCGAUCUCCUCGACUUCAAUUCCAUCUCGGCCGCCGUUACCGGCGCUACCGGCGUUUUCCACCUCGCUUCCCCCUGCAUCGUUGAUGACGUCCACGAUCCCGAGAGGGAGUUGCUGGAUCCGGCGAUCAAAGGCACUAUCAACGUACUGACGGCUGCUAAGGAGCUCGGAGUCCGGCGAGUGGUGCUGACGUCAUCCAUUUCGGCCAUUAUUCCUAGCCCUAACUGGCCAGCUGAUAUUGUGAAGAAUGAGGAUUGCUGGACGGAUAUCGAAUACUGCAAACAGAAAGGGAGAUGGUAUCCGCUUUCAAAAACACUUGCGGAAAAGGCUGCCUGGGAGUUCGCUAGGGAAAAGAAUUUGGACAUUGUUGUGGUGAAUCCUGGAACUGUGAUGGGUACUUAUAUAUCCCCAACCCUCAAUGCAAGCAUGAUAAUGCUUCUUCGUCUGCUUAAAGGCUGCACUGAGACAUAUGAAGAUUUCUUUAUGGGGUCUGUACAUUUUAAAGAUGUGGCCUUAGCGCAUAUACUUGUCUAUGAAAACGCUUCAGCAAAAGGAAGGCACCUUUGUGUUGAAGCAAUAUCUCAUUUUGGUGACUUUGCAGCUAAGGUUGCUGAACUUUACCCUGAAUACAACAUACCCAGGUUUCCCAAGGAUACCCAACCUGGUCUGCUGAGAGCUAAGGAUGGAGCAAAGAAGCUUAUGGAUUUGGGCAUGGAGUUCAUUCCCAUGGACCAAAUUAUUAGGGACUCUGUUGAUAGUUUGAAGAGCAAAGGGUAUCUGAGUUGAAAAAACAGGGUUCAAUAGACAAACCUCUUUGAAAGGAGGGUUAAAAGCUGUUUAUUGUUGACUCAAUAAACAUAAGUGAUUGUG